AUGGUUCUCCGCCUUGGUGACGAAGCCCCUAAUUUUAAAGCAGAAACUACCCAGGGUGAAAUCGAUUUUCACAGCUUUAUCGGUACUUCUUGGGUUGUCUUGUUCUCUCAUCCAGCAGAUUUUAAACUUGGUGAAGUUGCUCGUCGUAGCAAGGAAUUUGAAGAACGUAAUGUUAAAGUGAUUGGUCUUUCUGCUAAUGAAUUGAAAGACCACCACCAAUGGGUGAAAGAGAUUAAUGAAGUUAACAAAGUUAAUCUUGGAUUCCCAAUUAUUGCGGAUGCUGACCGUAAAAUUUCCACCUUGUACGACAUGUUGGAUUAUCAAGAUCCUACUAAUGUUGAUACCAAGGGCAUUCCAUUUACCGUCAGAAGUGUUUUUAUAAUUGAUCCAAAAAAGAAAAUCAGAUUAAUGAUAACUUAUCCUGCUUCAACCGGACGUAACUUUGACGAAAUUGUCCGUGUCAUUGACUCUCUUCAACUUGGUGACAAGCACCGUAUUACUACUCCUGCUAACUGGAAGAAAGGCGAUGAUGUUAUUAUUCAUCCUAGCGUAUCUAAUGAAGAAGCUGCAAAACUAUUUCCUGAUUAUAAAGCACCAUUACCUUAUCUUCAGACAGAAACCGACUCAUCUUUAUCGCCUCCACCUUCCUCCUCAACGACCGAAGAUGAUGAUGAUUCCUCAAUUAAUUUACGCCAACAACAAAAUUUCUCGAUUUCCCCAUCGUUAACCUGUUCAGCAAGCACUUCUCCUAUAAUAGAACCCGAAACCACCGUCGAUUGUGAUGAUGAUAGCAUUCCAUUAUUGGCACAAAGAGCCUCAGAACUUCAUUUCAUGGUACAAAAAUUAAUAAAUACUCAUUUACCACAUCUUCAAUCUAAAAUUUUAAAACAACAGGAUUUUUCGAAUGAAGUAGAUGACUCUUUUAUUUAUAAAGGUGUGGGUAGAGAAUAUCAAUAUACUUAUGACGCGAUAAAAAAAAUUGUAAAUGACUCUUGGAUUUAUAAUCAUUUGGAUAUACCCCCCUAUUUUGCUGAUAUUUAUGAUACGACUGAUGGUUUCUUGGAAUGUGGAGUGGAUGCUGAUGAUUUUUUUAUAUUCUCGGAAUAA